AUGUUCGCCCUCGCACAACACACCGCCCGGAGGACUCUCUCCCGUCAACAAUGGACAAAGGUCGUCGUCUCCGCCGCCAACUACAGUAGCGGCUCCCUCUCCUCCACCAUCCGCAUUAGCAGCAUCCCCGCUCCUCACACCGGCGAAAUCACAGUCCUCUCCCUCAACCGUCCUCGAGCUCGCAAUGCCAUCUCGACCGCCCUCCUCGGCGAGCUGAACACCGUCGUCGAGCAGCUUCACGCUCAGGGCGACAAGUCCAGCACUCGAGCACUGAUCUUGACAUCCGAAAGUGACGAUGCCUUUUGCGCUGGAGCAGACUUGAAAGAGCGGUUGACGUUUACUGAAGAAGACACCCGCAACUUCCUCAAAACCCUCCGCCACACCUUCACCCGCCUCUCCACCCUCCCCAUCCCCACAAUCUCCGCCAUCUCCUCCAUCGCCUUCGGCGGCGGCCUCGAACUCGCCCUCUGCACCAAUUUCCGCGUCCUCGCCUCGACCGCCUCCAUCGGCCUCCCCGAAACUCGGCUCGCAAUCAUCCCCGGCGGCGGAGGAACAUACCGUCUUCCCGCCCUUAUCGGCGAAACGCGAGCCCGCGACUUGAUCCUUACGGGCAGGAGGGUGAGUGGAGAAGAGGCGUAUUUUAUUGGACUGGCGGAUCGGCUGGUGCAAAUCUCAGAGCAAGAGUUGGGCGAGAAGGGUGUUGCGAGGGGGAGGGUCUUGGAGGAGGCGACGGCCAUGGCGAAGGGGAUUUGUGAGGGCGGGCCGGUGGCGAUUCGGGCGGCGCAGGCGGCGGUCAGUGGAUGGAGAGAUGGGGAGGGGAGUGAGAAUAAAGCGUAUGAGAGGGUGAUUCCGACGAAGGACCGGUUGGAGGCGCUGACGGCGUUUGGGGAGAAAAGGAAGCCAAGUUUUCAGGGGAGGUGA